AAUCUUCCUUUUCUAGGGUUUUCUUGUGUUCAGAUCCCUCUUUCUUCCCCUGAACUCUUUACCCGAUCGAACGGGAGAAUCUUUUUUGUCUUCUCUGUAACUUCUUGUUGGUGCCACAUCUCUGGUUGUGUUGUUGUCUCCUCUGGACCUGGAAAGGAACCAUGGGAGAAGCACAAGGUUGUCAUCAACCAUUGAGGGAUUCGAAACGGACCACAACUGACAUCGAAGGUGUUCUUAGAUCACUCUGGCCGUCCCUGAGGUACCAUCUCCUUGCACCUUGAGAAAGGUGUGGGAUCAGGAGGAUGCGCUCUUGCCUCUCUGCUCGACUCCAAUCUCCACUGUUCUACUUGUUGGCCUUCUUUGUCGCGUGCUGAAAGGAUCUCCUUUCGACAACGGCUAAUCCCUGCGAUAGAGAACAUCUUCAUGUAGCUUUGUGCGGAAGGUCUUUGCUGGCUACUAUAAGUUUUGGUAGCCGGUCUGGCAACUGCAAGGGAAUUUUAUUAGGAUUGUCUGACUUUGUGGUCUUCUGAGAUCAAUUCAGUAUCGAGAAAGAUGGCAAAAAUCAGUUGCUUCUCUUUUCUUUUUGCUACAAAGAAGAAGUCGAAGGAGUCGUUCACGGUUGCUAAAAAUCUCAAUGGCAAUGGGGACCUAAGAGUUAAUCCUGAGGAAUUUGAUGACCGAUCCACCGAGAAUGCUGUAACAGAAGUAACUCCGGGAGAAAGCUUUGCAAAGAAUGCAAAAGUGGCGGUGGAUGACAAAUCAGUGCUAACUGAGGCAUCAUAUGAGGGAAGUGAUGAGCAUGAUGAGGAUUUAUCUAUGAAGAGAGACUUCUCUGACUUUGAUCUCCAAGCCUUAGCAGUGGAGAAAGACGACAUCGGUUCCAAAGGUUGGGAUCAAGAAUUGUUCAAUGAUGGGUUGGAGGACAAGUUGGAGAAAUUUGAUGUGAUCACUCCGGAAGUGAGCAUACACAAUGGGCAUGUUAGUGAUCCCGGAAUGGGGCAGAAGUCAAUGUUCUGGGGAUCACCUGUGCUGAAGCGCUCAUGCUCAAACAUUGAGACCAUGAGAGUUGGUAAAUUGACUAGGUCGCCUACCAAGUCCAAUUCCUCCGACGAGGUCUAUAACACAUGGGGUAAUCUUGGUGGUGAAGCAACCGAUGACAUUCCUGGCAGCCCAUUGUCAGUAAUGACCUCAGUCAGCGCAGACAAGGCUUUGCUAAAUAAGAGAUCUUCGUGCCAAGUGCUUCCAUCGAGGAGUACGAAACUUUGGUGGAAGCUUUUUCUCUUUAGCCAUAGGAAUUGUCACAAGCCUUGGGUUUCAGUGCCACAGAAGAUUGCCAUCGAUGAUACAUCGAAAAACAAUGUUGGUUAUUGCUCAGAUACACUUAAACCAAACCCUUGUUUUCAGACGAAGAACGAGUCAGACAUGGAGCGACCAGAGAUUAUAAGUAACGCUGACUUGUGGCCUCAGAAUCAGUGGAUUGCUUUUUCUGCAGAAUCUUCCUUGUUAGAUAGAGUUAAUGCUUGGGUUCACAGUCUCGAGGGUAGUCCAUUCUGCCCAACCGACAAUGGUGAAGCAGCAGAAGAGGUAGUGUCAUAUGCAACUUGUCAUGAGACUGGGGAAACCUCAGGAACAAAGCAAUCUCACAAUGUCCGGCAUGCAGUUGGGAAGGUUAUACAGACCAACAACAUUAUCCAAUCACUAUGUUCCUUUUCCCCUGUGGCUCACAUCGCCGGUCUGGGCUUGAGAGUUAUACCAGCAAUUUCGGCUUUCAACAGUCUCCGGUCUGUUAAUUUAUCUGGAAACUCAAUAGUUCACAUUUCUUCAGGAUCGCUCCCUAAGAAUCUUCAUACACUCGAUUUGUCUAAGAACAAGAUCGCAAUAAUUGAGGGACUCAGAGAACUAAUGAGGCUGCGAGUUCUUAAUCUCAGCUACAACAGAAUCUCACGCAUUGGCCAUGGACUGUCAAAUUGCACUCUCAUCAAAGAGCUGUAUGUAGCCGGGAAUAGGAUCAGCUACGUCGAGGGGCUCCACAGGCUCCUGAAGCUCACAGUUCUUGACUUGAGCUUCAACAAGAUAAUUACAACAAAGGCCUUGGGGCAGCUCGUCGCCAACUACAAAUCCCUCUUGGCUCUUAACCUGCUUGGGAACCCAAUUCAGAGCAACAAUGGUGAAGAGCAGCUUCGAAAAGCCAUCAGCAGCUUCCUGCCUCAGCUUAUCUAUCUGAACAAGCAGUCCAUCAAGUCCCAGAGGGGAAGGGAGGCGGCCACCGACAGCGUUGCCAAGGCUGCACUAGGGAACAAUGGGUGGAGCUCGCGACGAAAGCUAACAAGACGAGUAAGCCAGUUGCCAAUCUCUUCAGCCAGGAGCAGGACUGGGGAGGGAAGCAGCCACCGGGGAGUGGGUAGCGGUGGCAGCGAACAGAAGAGAAGCAGACAGAGAUCAAAGAGCCGUCAGCACUCAAUCUCUACAAAGAAAUAGGGGUGUUAAGUAGAAGAUUAUCUGAAUUCAGUUUGUCUGAUGAGGUGAUAUGAUUCAACUUUCCAUCAAGAUCGGGUUAUAGGAUGUACUAAGUUUGAGAUCAUUUUAGGAUAUGUGGGUAAUUUAAGACAAUCGGCUGAGAGCAUCAGCAGAAAUAAGUGGUUGAUUGAUUAGAAACCUUAAGAUGGAUUACCUGAUCUCUUCUGUUUUCUCAUUGUCUGUGUCGUGAUCAAGUCUGAGCAAAGUCUUCUCUUUCGUGA